GUUUGUAGUUGGGGACGAUAAUAGGGAAGCACCCAGUCAGGAAGUUAGACGCACUCAGCGCGUUUUGAAACGCUCAUGUUGAAUAAACAUAAUAACGUUGUUUGAGAUGGCCACCACGGAGAAAGAGACUCCAGCUAGAAAGGCUGCAGCGCCUUCUGUGUCCCAGAUAAAUGCUGAAUAUGUCACGCAGCUGGCUAAUAAAUAUUGGGCUCCUCAUGCAAAGGAGAAACUGCCUUUUGAUCCUCAGGUGAUGGAAGAUGUCUAUGAAAAAGAGAUCCUCAUGUCUAAAUUUGCCAUCAGAAAAAUUAUGCUGCUUGAAUUUAGUCAAUACCUUGAAAAUUAUCUUUGGGUGAACUACAUGCCUGAGGUGUCCAGCAAAGCAUUUAUCAUGUCCAUUUGUUGCAUCGUCAAUGAGAAGUUCAGAGAAAACGUUCCAGCUUGGGAGGUGUUCAAGAAGGAGCCAACACACUUCCCGUUUUUCUUCAAAUGUGUGAUGGAAGCUGUGUUGGCAGACGAGGAGGCUGGCUUCACCUUAAAGGAACAAACCGUGCUUCUGGUCUUCCUGGACCACUGCUUCAACAGUCUGGAGGUAGAUUUGAUCAGGGAACAGGUGCAGCAGCUCAUCUCUCUGCCUAUGUGGAUGUGCCUCUUACCAUCCCGACUCCAACAAGAGCUGAAGAAGGUUCCCAAGAUGCAGAAGUUUUGGAAUCUAAUCAAGAAGAAAUUUGAUAAGAUGGAUGCUGAAACAGUCAAGCAAGCAACCAAAGAAAGGACCUUCCUUUCAUCUCUUCUUAAAAAGUUUCGGGCAGUUCUGACGUCAGUUCCAGCAGAGGGGCCUGUGUCCAUGAAUAAAGUGCAUUACUGUGAGAGAUUCAUUGAGCUCCUGAUUGAUUUGGAGGCGCUGCUUCCUACACGGCGUUGGUUUAAUACAGUGUUGGAUGACGCCCACUUGCUGGUCAACUGCCAGCUCUCUGGUCUCACCAAAAGAGAGAAGGAGGGUCACCUUUUCUGUCAGCUUCUUGACAUGCUGAAAUUCUACACCGGCUUCGAGAUCAAUGACCAGACAGGAAAUGCUUUGACUCAGAAAGAGAUGACCACUUUGCACUAUGACAGAAUCACCUCACUCCAGAGAGCUGCAUUUGCUCAUUUCCCGGAGUUGCAUGACUUUGCCCUGUCCAAUGUUGCAGCUGUGGACACCAGAGAAUCGUUAACCAAGCUUUUUGGGCAUCUCAGUCCCAAUAUGCUCCACCGGGUGGCCUCAUACCUGUGUCUGCUGCCAGAACUGCCUGAAGGCCAAGACACAACCAUUGAGAAAGCGUUUCUCCUGGAGAUGAUGGUGUCUCGCCAUGAGCGCAGAAUCUCUCAGAUUGAGCAACUGAACCAGAUGCCCGUUUAUCCCACAGAGAAGAUAAUCUGGGAUGAAAACAUUGUCCCAACAGAGUAUUACUCAGGCGAAGGCUGCUUGGCUCUACCAAAGCUGAAUCUCCAGUUCCUGACGCUGCAUGACUACCUUUUGAGGAACUUUAACCUCUUUCGCCUGGAAUCCACUUAUGAGAUCAGACAAGACAUUGAAGAUGUGGUGUGGAGAAUGAAACCAUGGCAGUCAGAGUAUGGUGGAGUGGUGUUUGGGGGCUGGGCUCGGAUGGCGCAGACAAUCACCUCUUUUUCCAUCGUGGAAGUUGCCAAGCCCAACAUCGGAGAGAGCUGGCCUGCUCGUGUGCGGGCUGACGUCACAAUUAACCUCAACGUUCAAGACCAUAUCAAACAUGAAUGGGAAGGUCUGCGGAAGCAUGACGUUUGCUUUCUGAUCACAGUGCGACCCAUGUUGUUGUACGGCACACGCUUUGACCGGCGCCAGCCCUUUUUGGACCAGACCGGCCUGGUGUACGUGAGAGGCUGCGAGGUGCAGGGCAUGCUCGAUGACAAGGGCCGCGUGAUCGAGGAAGGACCUGAACCCAAACCUAAGCUACGUGGGGACACCAGAACGUUCCGUGUGUGGCUGGACCCCAACCAGUAUCAGCAGGACAUGACCAGCAGUAUUCAGAGUGGCACCGAAGACCCAUAUGAGACCUUUAACGUCAUCAUGAGACGCAAACCCAAGGAGAACAAUUUCAAGGCGGUGCUGGAGACGAUCAGGCAUCUGAUGAACACAGAAUGUGUUGUUCCAGACUGGCUUCACGACAUUAUCCUUGGCUAUGGUGACCCAGGCAGCGCCCACUAUUCCAAGAUGCCCAAUCAGAUCUCUACGUUGGACUUCAACGACACCUUUCUGUCCCUGGAUCACUUGCGGUCGUGUUUUCCUGGUUGCACCAUAAAGGUCAUUGAGGAGAACCCCGAACUUCAAGUCCCUCCUUUCCGAAUCAAGUUUCCCAUCUCAAGUACUAAAGACAAAGGGAAGAAGAGAAAGGCUGAUGAAGAAGAGAAAGACAAUGAGGAAGAUAAAACCUUGAUUGUGGAACCAUAUGUCGCCCCCAACCGUGGGCCCUAUCCAUACAACCAGCCCAAAAGGAAUACGAUUCAGUUCACACCUACUCAGAUCGAAGCCAUUCGAGCUGGGAUGCAGCCAGGACUAACAAUGGUUGUAGGACCACCGGGCACUGGAAAGACAGAUGUGGCUGUCCAGAUCAUCUCAAACCUCUAUCACAAUUUUCCUGAGCAAAGGACUCUUAUAGUCACUCAUUCAAAUCAGGCUUUGAACCAGCUCUUUGAAAAGAUUAUGGCUCUAGACAUCGACGAGCGCCACCUUCUGCGUCUGGGCCAUGGAGAGGAGGAGCUGGAGACUGAGAAAGACUUCAGCAGAUAUGGUAGAGUGAACUAUGUCCUUGCUAGAAGACUGGAGCUUCUCAGAGAGGUGGGAAGACUACAGGAGAGCUUGGAUGUCCCAGGAGAUGUGUCGUACACCUGUGAGACUGCAGGGCACUUCUACCUGUAUCAGGUGAUAUCACGCUGGGAGCAGUACAUGAGCAAAGUCAAACCUAAACAGGGCAAGAAGGUGGAAGUGGAGGCUGUUGCUGCACACUUUCCCUUCCACAAGUACUUUUCCAAUGCCCCGCAGCCAGUGUUCAAGGGUCGGUCGUAUGAGGAGGACAUGGACAUAGCAGAGGGUUGCUAUCGCCACAUCAAGAAAAUAUUCACACAGCUGGAGGAGUUUAGAGCCUUUGAGCUGCUGAGGAGCGGACUGGACCGCUCCAAGUAUCUCCUCGUGAAGGAAGCUAAAAUCAUAGCCAUGACCUGCACACAUGCUGCGCUCAAACGUCAUGACCUGGUGGAGCUAGGAUUUAAGUAUGAUAACAUCCUGAUGGAGGAGGCUGCACAGAUCCUUGAGAUUGAGACCUUCAUCCCUCUACUGUUACAGAACCCAGAGGAUGGCUACAGCAGACUGAAGCGCUGGAUCAUGAUUGGAGACCACCAUCAGCUGCCCCCAGUCAUCAAGAAUAUGGCCUUCCAGAAGUACUCCAAUAUGGAGCAGUCUCUGUUCACCAGAUGUGUACGUUUGGGAGUUCCUACUGUAGACUUGGAUGCACAGGGCCGUGCACGUGCAAGCCUUUGUAACCUUUACAACUGGCGCUACAAACACCUUGGGAACCUGCCUCACGUCCAGGAACUUCCUGAGUUCCAGGUACCCAACCCUGGUCUGACCUUCGACUUCCAGCUGAUUAAUGUGGAGGACUUCAAUGGGGUGGGAGAAUCUGAACCCAACCCUUACUUUUACCAGAACCUGGCUGAGGCAGAGUACUCUGUGGCUCUCUUUAUGUACAUGCGGUUGUUGGGCUACCCGUCAGAGCGAAUCAGCAUCCUGACUACCUACAAUGGACAGAAACACCUGAUCAGAGAUGUCAUUAACCAGCGAUGUGCUGGAAACCCUUACUUUGGGCAGCCUCAUAAGGUUACAACAGUGGACAGGUUCCAAGGUCAGCAGAACGACUACAUCAUCCUCUCGCUGGUCCGCACCAAGGCUGUAGGACACCUAAGGGAUGUGAGGCGUCUUGUGGUAGCCAUGUCAAGAGCCAGAUUGGGUCUGUACAUCUUUGCCCGGGUGUCACUGUUUGAGAACUGCUUCGAGCUGACUCCUGCCUUCAAGCAACUCACUGCCAGACCGCUGCAGCUGCACAUCAGACCACACGAGUACUACAGCCAGGAACAGCCUAGAGAUGAGAAGCCUGAUCAAAUCAUUAAGGACAUGCCAGAGAUGACAAACUUUGUGUACAACAUGUACAUGCACAUGAUGCAGACCUCCCAGAAGUACAGACAGCAGCAACAGCAAAAACUGGCUCCGCCUCCAGAAGAAACCCAGAAAGACGCUGCAGUCGAUCCAGCGCGGGGUAGCUCAGAGGAACCACAGCCAGAAACUCCCAUGGAGCAGGAAAACCCAGGAGAGGCAAGCUCCGAGCCAAACACGGAGAACGCCAAGGAAGAGGGGGGCCAGGAUGCAGUUGACCACGCUAAGAUGCCAGAGCAUCCAGGCAGAGACAGCGACAGUGAAGAAGAGGAGGAGCAAGAGCAGUAGAGGAUCCUUUAUUGGACUACUACACGGGGAGAAACUGUAUUCUCCAUUUUUUUUUAAAAAGUGAUGUCAUUGAUACUGAAUCUGUUUACUGCUUAAUGGAGAUCCUUUUGAUGUGUUCCUAUUUUCUUUUUUUUUUUUAACAGCAGAUGAUCUUUUGUAGCCAUUGGUACUUUAUUAAAAAAGAAAAACUGAAAUCUU